GUGGGUGUGCUUUUUAUCAAAGGCGUGGAGCGGUGUUCCAAUUCCCAGAGGGCCAUAAAGGCGCCGGUUGAACGCCAAAAGAUGGAAUUUCCUUUGAACGUAUUUUUCCAAAAACUCCCCACUCUUCUUUUGCUCGUUACUACCAUGUCUCUAGCCAAGCAAAAUUUCUCUACUUCUUCUGAGGAGGCCAUCAACCAGCAGAUUAACACUGAACUGCAGGCCAGUCAGGUUUAUCUUAGUAUGGCUGCUUGGGCCCAGCAUACUACUGUUGCUCUUCCAGGUCUUGAAAAGUAUUUCCGCGAGUCCGCUGAGGAGGAACGCGAACACGCUCAACAUUUGAUCGACUACCAAAACAUGCGCGGUGGACGUGUCAUUCUUCGUGCCCUUCAGGCUCCCGAGACUGAAUGGAAAUCUGCCAAGAACGCUGUCGAAUCUGCUCUUCAAUUGGAGAAAGAUGUCAACAAGUCUCUUCUCAACCUGCACAAGUUGGCUGAUGGCAACGAUGAUCCUCAACUGACUGAUUUCAUCGAAGGCAAGUACCUGGAAGAACAAGUACAAGCCAUCAAGAAGUUGGCGGAUAUGGUCACUCAACUCAACCGUGUUGGCGAAGGAUUGGGCGUUUACAUCUGGGAUCAACAUAUGUACCGUGAAGGUACUGGUGCUGGUAGUCGAGUCAUUGGCAACAACUAGGACUUGCACUGUAUGACAUUGUCAUAGGACACUCAUCGCUGUUAUGUGCUCACGUUACACUCAUACCAUUUACCUAUA